GUUGAAUUGGAUUGGAACCUCAUCAAAGGCCAACUCCUUUUUGUUCUUAAUUACCCAAAAAAACCAUUGGUUUUUCAUAAAUCUACAAAUGCUGCCACGCACCCAACACUCAUGACCACCACUCAUCACUCUCUCCACUGUCUCUCGAUUGAUAGUUCAGGCUUCGCAAAACUCACAAAUUGGAUUCGAUUGAUCAACCACGACGUUGGAGCAAUGGCUGCAGAGAAAGCGAGCAAUGUUUCGAACAUUGGGGACGAGGACGAGCAAGACGAAGAACCUGGGGAGGUCAUCGAAUCAGCACCGCCUCUCAAGGUCGGUGAAGAGAGAGAAAUCUACUCCUCUUCUGGUCUCAAAAAGAAGCUCCUCAAGAGUGGCCUUGGUUGGGAGACCCCUGAAUUCGGCGACGAAGUCACUGGUACUAACAUUGUCCCCAAGACAGACACAUCUCUCUCUAACGCUUUUUGUUUCUUGUGGACGAUUUAUGCUUCAUUAUGUGGGCACUUUACUUGAUGGGACUAAGUUUGAUUCCACCAGGGAUAGAGAUAAACCCUUCCUUUUCAAGCUUGGCUGUGGUCAAUUGGUUGCUGGGUUAGAUCAUGGGAUUAUUACCAUGAAGAGAGGGGAGACAGCGCUGUUCACAUUACCUCCUGAAUUGGGGUAUGGAGCCAGGGGCACGGAUGGCGUUCCUCCGAAUUCAUUUGUACAGUUUGAAGCAGAACUCCUCUCAUGGAUCACAGUGGUAGAUGUCUGCAAGGAUGGUGGAAUUAUCAAGAAAAUCAUGGAGAAGGGAGAACAGCCUGGGCAACCUGGUGAUUUAGAUGAAGUUCUGGUGAAAUAUCAAGUGAUGCUGGUUGAUGGUGCUGUUGUUGCAAGAACACCGGAAGAAGGAGUGCAUUUCUAUGUCAAAGACGGUCAUUUUUGUCCAGCAUUGCCAAAAGCAAUAAAGACCAUGAGAAGGGGAGAGAAGGUCAAUCUAACAGUUCAACCUCAAUAUGCCUUUGGAGAAUGGGGUAGGGACUUUAAUAAUGAGUUCCCUUCAGUCCCGCCAAGUUCUGUGCUAAGCAUUGACCUGGAGCUGGUGUCAUUCAACCCUGUCACUGACAUCACCGGUGAUUCAAAGGUAUUCAAGAAGAUUCUGAAAGAAGGGGAAGGUGCUCUCACUGCAAAUGAAGGUGCCACUGUUACUAUUAAGUUUACAGCGAUGCUUGAAGAUGGCACUGUGUUUGAGAGGGAAGGCUUUAACGGAAAGGGGCCACUGGAGUUUAUUACAGAUGAAGAACAAGUGAUUGCUGGGUUAGAUCAGGCAGUAGCAACAAUGAAGAAGGGGGAGCGGGCAAUAUUGACAAUAGAUCCUGAAUAUGGAUUUGGAAGCAUUGAAGCAAAGUGUGAUCUUGCUCUAGUUCCACCAUGUUCAACUAUAGUUUAUGAAGUUGAAAUGUUGGAUUUUAUGAAGGAGAAAGCACCAUGGGAGAUGAGUCAUCAAGAGAGAAUUGAGGCAGCUCAGAGGAUGAAAGAAGGCGGCAAUAUACUAUUCAAAAAUGGAAAGUAUCAAAGAGCUGGGAAAAAAUAUGACAAGGCUGCGGACUAUGUUGAUGAUGAUGGAUCCUUUGGAGAUGCUGAUCAAAAGCUAGUCAAAGCAUUAAGAGUUUCAUGCUGGUUAAAUGGUGCAGCCUGUGGCCUAAAAGUAAAUGAUUUCCAGGGAGUAAUCAAGCUAUGUUCAAAGGUCCUUGAUAUUGAGUUGUACAAUGCGAAAGCUUUGUACAGGCGGGCACAAGCUUAUAUGGAAACUGCAGAUUUGCAUUUGGCUGAACUGGACAUCACAAAGGCCCUAGAGGCUGAUCCUCAUAAUAGGUACGUGGAGGUGAAGUUAAUUCAGAAGAAACUGAAACUACUUCAAGUUGAGAGCGAUAAGAGAGAUGCAAAGCUUUAUGCAAACAUGUUUGCACAUAUGACAAAGGACUCUUCUGUGGCGACAAAGAGACAGAAGGUUGAGAAAGUGGAGGAUAAUAAAAGAGACGAAGACGUCAUGGCAAUGGAAACGGAAAAAAGGUUGCUGUGAGUUCAGCUCUCCUUGACAAUGGAAUCGUCGUGGGUACUUUCUUGAUCUAAAUGUUUGUACAGCUUGUUUCUCUAAAACCUGGAGAAUUGUAUAAUCCAAGCACACACACAAGAAGUUGCAGUGAGGUCUGAAAGUUGACAAAAGACCGGAAAUCCUAAUCUUCGCCUUUGUUCAUAUAUAGUCAACAUUCUCAUGGUGUAAACACCCUGUUAGGGAAUAUCAAUGUACAUGGCAUAGAUAUGCAGUGAAGGAAAGAAGGGUAAAUAGAGAAAAAAAUUUCUUCUA